CGCGUCGUUCCUUAUCAAGCUCUCAUUGUAUCUUACAGCAAACACCCACGCACACCCACGCACAUACACACACACACACACACACACAUGUGCGCAUACACAGGUACAUUUCACACACCAGUGACUUAUGGUUUAGGUUUGCAUGUUUAAAUAACAAUAAAUAAUGAUAAAUAAAACGAAAACAAUGGGAAACAUUCAUCUCAUGUGAUGCCCGUGUAAUAGCUAUACAUCGGUGAUCAUGCACAUAUCCAGUUUUUCAACUGGUUCAUUUUCAUCUCAUUUUGAACCUGUUACUACUUACUCGCUGUUAUUUUUAUAUCUUUCUUCUUUUCCCCCCCUUUCAUCUUCUUUUCUCAUUUUCUUUUGUUUUUCAUAGAUAGCAAAUCGUACGAUACAUGACUCAUCUUCAUCUCAGUCAACAUCCUCUAGUGAUAACAAAGUUAUCUCAACUGAGAAACGCUAAAAGGAGUCCCAAAGAGGUGAGGGAGUUGACACGCGACUUAUCCAUUCUCUUGGGCUAUGAAGCAUCCUAUGAUUUGACAGUCAGUGAAGGAGCUACAACUCAAACCGCUUAUGGUGAUUAUGCAUUGAGAGAAGUGACAGCAAGAGUAGGUCUCGUUCCUGUAUUAAGGUCUGGUCUUGGGUUUGUAGAUGGCUUUUUGAAUAUAUUCCCAGAUGCACCUGUUUAUCAUUUGGGUCUGUAUCGUGAAAAGGUCUCCCUCCAACCCGUGGAAUACUAUAAUAAGCUACCGGAUCAACCUAAUAUCGAUAUAUGCUAUGUGUUGGAUCCGGUCAUUGCUACUGGUAACACGGCAGUGGCUACAGUGAACUUGCUGAAAGAAUGGGGAUUGUCAGGCUCUCAAAUCAAAUUCGUGGCUGCUGUUGGAUCGGAAAUCGGUCUUGCUCAACUUCAAGAGAAACAUCCAGACAUCCACAUUUACAUUGCUGCCAUUGAUGAAACGCUAGAUAACACAGGAUAUAUUGUCCCUGGCAUCGGUGAUUCUGGUGAUAGACUUUGGAAUACUGUUUAAAAUGAAAAAAAAAACGAAAGGCUAGUUUAGCUACCUACACUUCUUUUUUUUUUAAUCAUAUCAUGAAAUAAAGAUACCUCAUACCUAUG